AUGUCUAACGAAGUUGAAGAAGAUUUAUUAGAAUAUUCUGAUCACGAACAAGAAUUUCAAAUUCCAGAAUCCAAAGCCGCAACUAACGGUGAAUCUUCUGCCACUGUUACUAACUCCAAGGGCGAGGAAAAGGAAGGUGGAAACAAUGAGGAAGGUCAAAAAAAGGGUUCUUAUGUAGGUAUUCAUUCUACUGGUUUUAAGGAUUUCCUAUUGAAACCAGAAUUAUCCAGAGCCAUUGUAGAUUGUGGUUUUGAACAUCCAAGUGAAGUUCAACAAGCCACUAUUCCCCAAUCAAUUCAUGGUACUGAUGUUUUAUGUCAAGCAAAAUCCGGUCUAGGUAAGACUGCCGUUUUUGUUUUGUCUACUCUACAACAAUUAGAUCCAGUACCAGGCGAGGUUAGUGUCGUUGUUAUUUGUCAUACAAGAGAAUUAGCUUAUCAAAUUCGUAAUGAAUAUUUGAGAUUUUCCAAGUACAUGCCCGAUGUUAAAACCGCUGUUUUUUUUGGCGGUACUUCAAUGAGGGAAGAUAUUGACAAGUUAUCUGAUAAAGAAAAGUGUCCACACAUUGUUGUUGCCACUCCAGGUCGUUUAAAAGCUUUGGUUAGAGAGAAGAAAAUUGAUUUGAGCCACGUGAAGAAUUUUGUUGUUGACGAAUGUGAUAAAGUUUUGGAAAAACCAGACAUGAGACAAGACGUUCAAGAUAUUUUUAGGGCUACUCCAAGAGAUAAACAAGUUAUGAUGUUUACUGCUACUUUAAACGAAGAAAUGAAACCAGUAUGUAGACGUUUUUUGCAAAACCCACUAGAAAUCUUUGUUGAUGACGAGGCCAAAUUGACUUUACACGGUCUACAACAAUAUUAUAUCAAAUUAGAAGAACGUGAAAAAAACAGAAAGUUGGCCCAAUUGUUGGAUGACUUGGAAUUUAACCAAGUUAUUAUCUUUGUCAAAUCUACCAAUAGAGCUAAUGAGUUGACCAAACUAUUGAACGCUUCUAAUUUUCCAGCUAUAACUGUCCACAGUAAUAUGAAACAAGAAGAUCGUAUUCUACGUUAUAAAGCUUUUAAAGAAUUUGAAAAACGUAUUUGUGUUUCCACAGAUGUCUUUGGUAGAGGUAUUGAUAUUGAAAGAAUUAAUUUAGCUAUCAAUUAUGACUUACCAAACGAAGCUGAUCAAUAUUUGCAUCGUGUUGGUAGAGCUGGUAGAUUUGGUACCAAGGGGUUGGCUAUUUCCUUUAUUUCUUCUGCAGAGGAUGAAGAAGUUUUGGAAAAGAUCCAAAGUCGAUUUGAUGUUAAAAUUGCGCCAUUCCCAGAAGAAGGUGUUGACCCAUCAACAUAUUUAAAUAAUUAG